GCAGAGCUGGGGAAGCCCCAGAGAAACUGCUACACCCUGCCAGGCUUUGAUUUUUCAUACGGACUGUACAUCCACAGGACAGAUGGAGGAGUCCCUGAAGCAAUAGGCCACUGGAACACGGUAAAGCCCAGGACUGCUUCAGUUCCGAAGAUGCCCCGAGACUUCAUCACCAUGAACCGUGGUGCUCUGAAGGCCGGUUAUACCACAGCCCAUGAAUUUAAUUUGUACUACAAGGCCAAAGACAUUCGGCGCAAAGAUGAUGAAUACAGUCGCUUCAAGAGAAGUCCUCCUAAAGUACCUGCAGACUUGACUUACGGCAUCACAGCACGGCCUUGCACUCCCUUUUUUGACCUCCUCCAACACAAAUACAAGGAGCUGUGGAUGGAGCAGCAGAGAGCACUGACAGCAGCCCAGCGAACAGAAAAGAAAAAG